ACUUUUGAAACUUUAUCCCCUUCUUUUUUCCGGAAUCAAAUUUCCAUCCCCAUUUACUGUUUUCACCAGACAAAGGGAGUAAACCCUUUACUUAAACGAGGAUUUCUCCUUUUCUGCUUCCCAAAUUUUUCCUGUAAAGGAAGCCCAUUUUCUCUGAAUGCUGGCGACAAUGGUGAAGAAGCUCUUCUUCUGUGACUGGAUUCUUCUCUGUCAGCUGUGGCUGGCUGCUGUUGUUUGCUCCGAGAAUCAUGGAAAUCCUACAAAUGAUCUUGUCGACAUCAUUAACAAGAAUAGAACUGCUCAAAAGCUUCCACAACUAAAUGACAGUCCUGGCCUCGGGUGCAUGGCCCUCCAGUAUGUCGAAUUGUGCAAGGGAAACUGCAGCAAUAACAAUGCUGUAAACUGCAAGCCGCCAGAAGAUGACUUCACCGAAGUCUUUGCCCCCAAUUGUGGUGUAGAGCUACCCACAUUUGGCACCAUAACCGGCCACAUUGUGGGAUGCCAAUCCAAGUACAUGGAGCCAUCACUAGCAUUCUCACAUGUUCUUGUCAAAGACAAGAAGACACUAUCUAUUUUAAGAAACAAAUCACAUACAGAGGUGGGAGUAGGCUUGGUUGGAUUUCAUAAAGGCCCUUUCUUUUGGUGUGUUCUAUUCAGUGAUGGUAAGACAAAUUCUUCCUUUGUACUUGAAGAUCAAGGUAAAGGGAUCAAGCAGAAGAAGGGAUGCUUCAGUGGAAGUGCUUUUCCUUGCAAUGGUGUUGAACAGAGAACUGCUGUGUUUUUGAGUUACAUUAUUACCGUUGGUAUUUUAAUUAUUUGUCACUUAAACCACAACUUGAUUGAUUAAUGACAAUAUGUACCACCACUUCAUGAUUCUGGAAAUUUUGUAAUAAUUGAGAUGUGAAGAGGAUGCAACUCUACAUUUCUACCCUCUCUCUUUUCUGCUCUUCAUGGUUACUUCAAAAUGGGCUUUUGGAACAAUAAUUGAGCUUGUUAGCC